AUGCACUCGAUAUAUGAGGUUCGCAACGGUUUGAAAGGCGUCCGGAAGGCACUUAUCAACGACUCAGAGGAACUGGACAUUCCCUGCACUGUUAGAGGCAGAGAAGGCGAAUGUCUUUGGCUUAAGAACAAUCAGGCCGUCGGCAAUAUACCCAACAAAUACCAGUUUCUGAGACAACCCUCUAAUGGCGACUGUUCGCUGCAUAUCUACAACUUGGACCCGAAGUAUGACGAGGGUGAAUGGCAAUGCCAGGUCACCUCACCCAACAUCCACGAGUCCACCAUCAGCUCAGAUCCCGUCAAAGUGGUUGUUCUCGUCGCUCCCAAUCCUCCAUCCAUUAGAUCUGUGGAAUCAAAUCAACUGAGAGUAUACUCUGACAGAAGCAAUGAGAUUGAGUGCAUUUCUUCCAACGGAAAUCCUGCGCCUCGUAUUGAGUGGUAUAUCGACGGCGAAAAUUCGCGAACGAACAUCGACUCAAUCACUGGCGACUCGCCUAAAGUGACAUCAGUUUUGAGUUAUAUAUUCAAACGAAUGCACAGAAACUCAACGAUCAGCUGCCUAUCAAUCCAUCAGACAAUAACUCAAAACACUUCAGCGCUGAUUAACGUGAUGUACGCACCGCAAGUGAGUGUUCCGCAGAAGGUGUACACUAUAAACGAAGGCAAUAGUCUUACCGUCCAAUGUCUCGUCGACUCCAAUCCCAUCACGAGUGCCGUCUGGAAAGCAAUUGACUCCGAAACGAACCAUGAAUUCCGGACUGAAUAUCAGACGAACGCUCUUAUCAUCGAUAGAGUCACCAAAAGUAUGAAUAAAGCGGUGUUUGAGUGCAGCGCUCGCAAUGAAUUCGGCGCUUCCAAUAACGAACAAAUCACUUUAGAUGUCUUGUUCGAGCCAACACUGAUCCGAGCCUCAGAGCCCCAACAGUCGGUCGAAUUGGGCGACUCUAUUAGACUGUACUGCGAAUACGACGGCAAUCCUGUGCCCAAAAUCAUGUGGUUUCACAUCAAUCCCAUUACAGAUCAAGUGAGGAAUCGUCCCAAUAAUGAAGCGAAUGCCAGCUUUUUGGUCAUUCAAAAUGCCACUUAUCACGAUGAAGGCCAUUAUUAUUGCGAAGCAUUAAAUCACAACUCCAUUACAAACAAAGAGCUGAUCGUCAGAAGUGCUAAAAUAAUUGUCGAUAUUAUGGGUAAACCGGCGAUCAUUCAAAAGAAAGACACGGCUUAUGGCUAUAGAGGCACCGAUACUGAUGUCGAGCAGAUAUUCUGCAGCGAUCCGACCCCUACUUCGGUCUAUUGGCAAUACGGCUCUAUGAGAGUC